AUGCCCGCGCCACGGCGCUGGUGUCGACCGUACCACCGAUCGCGGUUAGUACUCACAGUACAUCGGCCUGCAGCCGCUCAUCUGCCACGGUACGUGCUAAAAAACUUGCAGCUCAAACACAGCAUGCACACCGCCUUGCACAAAUUGAAAUGGAGGCGGCAGAAGCUCGUCGUGCUAAGUUGGAGGCGGCGAGGAAGUAAUACGAAGCAGAAAUUGAAGCAAUCAGUUCCCGGGGCAGCCGAUCUGGUAGUCGUGCUAGUGUUCAUCGUAGCUGCUCGGAAGUUGUGGACAAAUGCUAAUAUACAGGUAUCUGAAGAGUCAAGUCGGCCAAUGUCACAUGCAGGUAAUGGUAAUGCAGAGCAGUCUCCGUCGGAAUUGGUAUCACAGACGUCUUCUGUUAGUACCACUACUUCUUGUAAGCCAUUACUUAAGAUUGUCGCUGUCACAGUAUCUGGUCCCGCGGGUUCUGUUGAUACUUUCGCGUUACUGGAUGACGGAUCCACGGCUACCUUCAUUGACUCAGAAAUUACCUCUCAGAUUGGAGUAACAGGUACAGUAGAACAAAUUGAACUGCAGUGUGUUGGUGGCUUAUCAAAACAGUCGCAAGUCGAGUAUGUUGACUUUCAAAUAAAAGGAAAGAGAUCUGCUGAUUCCUUUGUCAUCAAACAAGCUAGAUCUAUUAGUAACCUCGGACUGGCGAAUCGAAAUGUCAAUAAGAGUGAUGUUCUUGCAAUUCCAUAUUUGUUAGAUAUAGCUGACGAAUUAUGUUAUAAUGCCAAACCUACCAUUAUAAUCGGUAUAGAUAAUUGGAAUUUGUCUGUUCCCAUGGCAGUAAGACAGGGAACUAGUUCUCAACCUGUUGCCAUUCUUACGGUACUAGGGUGGGUUCUUUUCGGGUUUGUAGCGAAUAGAACAAAUACUGUUCAUUUUGUAAAUAAUGUAUGUGAUUACGAUUUAGGUAGUGACAAGUUACGAGUUGUCAAUAAUGCAGUUGCCAAAUUAGGAGUUAGUUCAAAUAAGUUACCUUUGCGUGAACCAGAUCUCUUGAAAUCUUUUCUUAAUAUUGUAAAUCGUUUUCACGAGGAGAGUGUCAUAAUUAACGAUGACAUUAAAGCAAUAUAUCCUCAUGUUAAAAUCCACAACGUAUAUUGUGAUGCGCAACGUUUUACUUGGAGAGACAGUUCUAAAGAACCAUUGAAAACAUAUCUUAUGUCUUCAAUGAUAUAUGGCGCUGCAUCGAGUCCGUUCACGGAUUUGUUAAUUAAUAAUAAAUCUCGUUAUCAGUUUCCUAGAGUCACACACGUCAUCUUUCAUGAUCAUUAUAUAGACAACUACAUUACGAGUAGGUAUAGAGACUGUUGAGAGAUUUACUCGUUUACUAGCUGUUAUUCAUACAUAUUGGGAGGUUAAUUUUGAGAUAUUUGAUGAACCAAGCGUGCUGUCACUGAUAUCAAAGUAUUUGUGCUUUAAUCAAUCAUUAGAUGAGUUUCAUGUAGAAGUAGUUAGCGCACCAGUACAUGCACUUGGUUUAUUAUGACUCUCAGGGACGAGUUUAUUGACUGACACUACUUAUCUUCAUUACUUUAAUAGAACUAUUUGAACUAAAAUUAAAGUACAUAGCUGCAUUAAUGCCAACGUUCAUCAAUUUUUCACAUUUACAUUUGUCACUCAUCUGUGCCAGAACAUUUUAGUUGAUAGUU